AUGGUUAUGGACUACAAGUUGGUCAACCGCUCUUUCUACCUUCAAGUUCCUCAAGACCUGGGACAACGUGCGGCGCCGGUGCUCAUUGGCUUGCAUGCGCAGGGCUUUCAAGCUGACAGCUACGCCAAUGGACAUGACUUUGGAAACUUUGGGCAGGCCUUAGGCUUCGUCAGCGUUUUCCCCCAGGGCUUGGAUGACGCUGUGCCUGGUGGCUCUGAUUUGGGGACGGGGUGGAACGUGGGUACCGCAGGUGACAAUCAGACCUGCAUUGGGGACGAGGUGAUGGCAGACUGCUACGCAUCAUGCUGGGAGCAAAACCAGUGUGGUCGUUGCAAUUGGUCCGGAUGCUACGAUGAACGGCUCUUCAUCGUCUCCAUUAUCGAAGCCAUCAGUGCGGUUCUUUGCAUUGAUCACUCUCGCAUUUAUGUCACGGGUGAAUCCAACGGUGGGAUGCUGGCGCACUACCUGGUGCAGUCUUUGCCAGGUGUUUUCGCGGCUGUAGCACCUUGGUUUGGCUCCCCACUUUUGGGCUAUGGUUUGGGUGCCCAAUUUGAGCUGGUUCGCGAUUCCAAAGACUGUCGGCAAACCGCCAUGCUCCAGUUGCAUGGGAGGGAUGAUGAUGUGAUGCCAAUCGCAGGUGGAGUCGCAGGCAACAAGUGGAUCUACGAGCCCCUGAAUAAGAUCCAGCAAGGUUGGGCUGCCGUUCACGAUUGCGACACCACAGCGAGCCCCACCAAGACCUACUGGGAUGGGGGUACCAGCAAUUUCCAUUGCUUUGACUACAAGAGCUGCAGCAGUGGAAGGCGGAUCAUGCGCUGUUACUACGAUGGUGGGCACAUGGACUUGCCGGACAAUGGCGUGGCAGAUCAAAUUACCCUGUGGUUUCUCCUGCAGUAUCGUUUAGAUGACUCCUGGAACCCCUGGGCAGAGACUGAGACACUGCAGGUCGUCUAA